AUGGACAUUCCUCCCAUCGGCACAGGCACCACGAUGAAGCGCGCUCGCGCUCUCCCCAUCGAUCCGACAGACACAGAUCAGAUCGCCCCCAUCGCCGACAUGAUCGAGACCGAGAUCAUCAUGAGCACAAGAGUAAAGAAACACCUGCGAAGCCCGUGGUUCUACCGCUGGAGGCGCGACAGCUCUCAAGACGGGAUCUGGAGGUGUUCGAGCCCAUGUUCGCGAUGUACCUGGACAUUCAGAAAGGUAUAUAUAUUGAAGACCUAUCAGCGGACGAGGUUAAAGGCAGAUGGAAAAGUUUUAUCCAAAAAUGGUAUCAUACAACAGUUCUCCACAUUGAACAGUCCGGUUGCUAACAUGGGUCACAGGAAUCGCGCGGAAUUAGCUGAAGGCUGGUACGAUCCGGCCACACUACAAAGAGCUCGCGAAAGCAUCGCGGAGGGGCAACCACCACCAGAUCGGGAGAGAGGAUCACCGGACUAUGCGCGGGGUGGAAAGGUUGAAAAUGUGGAGAGCAGGGCGCCACCAGUUGCCCAGGAUGAAGAAAAUGAUGAUGACGAUGAUGACGAAUAUGGGCCAACACUGCCUCAUCCAAACUCAGGUCGAAACUUGACGCAUUCUGGACCAACAAUACCGAGAUUGCAGGACUUAGAACUCAAAAGAGAAUCCGCAGCUGAAGAUGCCAUGGCCGAUCGUCAGGAAUCAUGGCAGCAACAUCGUAGUGAUAUACGAUCUCACAAGUCUGCGGUACGGAACCUCGAAGAUGAGGUUGCGCCGCGAGCGGAAGCUGGUACGAGGGAGAGACAGCUUGAGAAGCGUCGGGAAGCUGCUGCUGCGAACCGUGAAUUCGCAAACGCCCGCGGCGCAUCACCCGAGGCUGCACCGGAAGAGGAGUUGAUGGGAUCUGGAGACAAUGAUCUCGCUUCUCUGAAGAAAGAAAAGGAGAAAGAUCAGCGAAAGAAGAACGAACGAGAAAUCCGCAGGGAGGAGAUUCUUCGCGCGCGAGUAGCAGAGCGCGAGGAGCGCGUGCAAAAGUAUCGUGAAAAGGAGCAGGAGACCAUUGGUUGGCUCCAGACACUUGCUAAGCAACGGUUUGGUUAA